GGCUGCAGGGUGCCCUGUCUGCAUCCUUGAUCUUCGGCCAAUUUUACUUGGCUUUGAUUGGCUGGCCUGUCCUGAAGGGAUACUUCUGCCUGAAAGGCUUGCUGACAGGUUCAGCAAUAGAUGCCCCACUGGCUAUGGCAUUGGACGCAUCGUCCGGGGAUCCCUUCAUCAUACAGGAUGGUGAUGUCAUUACCCUAGCAUUCCGCAAACUCGAGCUUGAUCGGGGCGAUGAAUCUGGCGGCGCUCCCGCUGAUUCUCCUGGGCCCACCGGCUGGGGCGACGAAGAGGGGGAGCUCCACAUUCUGCUGCUUGCAAGGGUGGGGCCGGUAAAGGACACUCACCCGUGCCGAGAAGGGUCCUUUGGCUUAUUUGGCCCCUUUGUGCAUUCCAGCGCUGUAACUGCAUGGCCACAGCCGCUGCUAGGUGCUUCACUAACCGGUGCUCCCGAAGAGACCGGCUUCGAAGGUAAUUACAGAACUCUCCUCGAGCUCACAGAUGAGGUUAUCAACGGGCAGGGGAUCCACUAUGAUCUCAGCCAUGUUGCGAUUCGCCUCACGCGAACCUUCGAUGAGGUUGUGAUCCUUACAAUGAGCUUGUUGAUGUCCUUGCCAAAGGUCAUUGGAUCACUGCCACCAGAGACCCGAGCCAGUGGCCUGCCCUUCAAGGCUGCCCCUCUCAGCCUAUGGCUCACUCUUGUGACUGCCAAUGUUCAAACGUUAGACGAGGAUGCUGCGAAGGGCCUGUUGGGGCGUGAUCUCAAUCUGCGCCUCAUUGAGGAAUGGGAAGACAGUGUCGGAGAUCUCUGUUGGGAGAAAGGUCAGGGGUCGCUUUCUCGCAUUGACUUCAUUUUGAUACCCAAAACCUGGCGAGUUGGUGCUGGAUCCUCCAAGGUCCUUUAUGAUGUUGAUUUUGGCCAGGCUGGGAUUGAUCAUUUCCCUGCGUCUCUCGAAGCCACUGCCAUCCUCACUGCCAAGGCCUUUCGUGGACCUAAGUCACCACGCAUUGAUGUUGAUCGAUUGCAGUCCCCUGAACAUGCUGGAUUCGUCCAAGCCAUUUGUCAGACUGCUCCAGCUGUUCCGUGGCAUGUCGAUGCCCACACUCACUAUGACCUCUUUGCCAGGCACCUAGUCGAUAACCUUGCCCUUGCGUUCCCAGCAGCACGCUCAGCGAAGCGUAAGACCUUCUUUUCUGAUGGGACAUGGUUCGAUUUGCUUGGGUUGCUUGGUCUGUCGGAAGAAGCCUUCAAUGGGGUGGCCUUCUUUCCCUUGCUGACCUCCUGCGAAGUGCGCGCUAUUCAAGGAGAUAAGAAGGACUUCACGCAUGCUACGGCAGUAACAGCAGCUGCCAGCUCCUCCAAGUUAGAGGAUGGCAGCAUUGCGAGAGAUCCCGAGGAGGCCGAGGCUCGCUGGAUUAGACACUUUAGCUCCAUUGAGGCUGAGCUUGACCUCACUGACUACGAUAUCGAAGCCUCUGACAUUCUGACCAGGACACAGAUUGAGGCUUCUAUUGACAACGUCAUAGCCACCCUUGGCCUGGAUCCCUCUGUCGCGCCCCGGCUCCGGGCAUAUGUGCGGGAUCAGUCCUUGAUCCAGGCGGCAGGCGCACCUCUGGUCCUGUCUCGCAUGAUUGAGGAAACCAACUGUGACACCUGGUUCGCUCACGGGGCCUUUGAAGGCACAGCCACAGUCCGGGCCGGUACCCGCCCCGGAGACAAUCUCGCCGACAUGAUCUUUUCCUUUUUAUUCGCGGAACUAUUAAAAAACCUACGCAGCCGCUUUGCGUCUGAGGGAUUGUCGUCCUCACUGCCCUGGGACGACAAGUGGCUAUGCGCUGGGCCAGAGAUUGUCUCUGCAGACACUGCAGGCCCAGACUCGGUUAGACCGGUUGACGUAACUUGGAUGGAUGACCUCGCGCUCCUCGUCGAGGACCCGAGACCGUCCGUGUUACUCGACAAGAUUACCCGCGUUGCCACAGCUACGCUCGACGAGUGUAUGAAAGCCACAUUGGUGCCCAAUCUUGCAGCUGGCAAAACAGAAUGCGUCGCUGCCUUUUACGGGCCUGGGUCUAAAAAAGUUGCGACCGAGACAUUCAGGGGUAGCGACCCCAGCCUCCCCCUGCAGUCUGACAUAUGGCCGGAUGCCCGUCUGCGACUUGUUUCGACGUACAAGCAUGUUGGGGGACUUAUUCAGGCUGGAGGGGGUACUUCCAAGGAGGUACGCUCCAGAAUAGGCGCUGCCUGGGCUGCGUUCAGGCACCACCGACGUCAGGUCUUUUCUUCUCCGGUGGUCCACACUAAGGACAAAGCCGUAUUGUUCUCUGCUGUGGUCGAGUCCACCCUGUUCUACGGGGUUGGAGCUUGGCCUGCCCACGAGAGCGCUGCCACUUUGAAAUUUCAGGGGGCUCUUGUUGGCAUGGCUCGUCUCAUGCUCCGGCCUCGCUUCCCUUACCCUGUUGCCAGACACCUCAGUGGUCUUUACGCCCUUGCGUGCGCCCGUAUCUUGCCGGCCGAGGUUGCGAUUUCGCUUGAACGCCUCCGACAUUUCCGUCUUGUAGCGUCCAAGGGGUGUGCAGAUCUUUGGGCCCUUCUGCAUGCGGAGCGAUCUUGGCUGUGCCAGGCACAGCUUGCGCUGCGUUGGGCAGGCGAGCUUCGCAAUAGGGCGGGACUGGGUGACCCAGACGUUGCUGACUGGGAUACCUCCGUCACUAUUGCGCGUACGGACGCAAGGGCAUGGAAGCGAAUAGUGAAGCAGACUAAGGUUGUAGCUGGCCUCGUCGCUCUAUGGAAUGCCGAAGUACAGCAAUACCAUGGUCUGAUUUUUCGCCAGCUUCGCCUUGCAGGGGCAUAUCUCGAUGAUGUCGUUUCUGAGCAAGCGACCUCCGAGAUCUGUGCCCAGUGCGGGCAAGUUUUUCCGGAUAAGCGCUCCUGGUCGCAUCAUGCAUUCAAGGUGCACGGGCGUGUUCGUGAAGAGCGUCUCCUUGUCAAUGGCCAGCAAUGUCCAGUGUGCCUACGGGCUGUAGUGGCUCCAACCCCUGGGGUCGGCAGUCGGAAGUUUGCGGACGGCUCCAAGUCACAACUCCCUACCGUACAGGCGGCAGGACCCGUCAGUCAGUGGAGCACUGGUCAGGCCCUUUUUGAGGAGCUUCGCCCUUCUGAGGAGGUCCUUGCUGCCCUAGAAGACCUCUGGUGUCACGGCCAGCUCACUUGCUGCACCUAUGCGGAUGUUCUUGAAGCCUAUCGGAAGGCCUUUUGCUGUUGUUGCCUCCAGCUUUCACGCCUAAAGGCCACGGCCCAGGAGUGGCAUAAGCAGCUGCAAGCCGUCCUUUCUGAGGACGAGGAAUGGCCACUACAAUGGUGCGGCUGGCAUUCCAGUGUCUCUGCAUUGCUACUGAGGGUCUCCUGGGCUGAGUGGCUUGUGCCCGAUCCCGUCUCUCCGUUGUUUGCGGUCUCCACCUUUCGUGACGCCAGCAUCCAGCUACCUUGGCUCCUCUUUGACCAUGUUGCCCUUCCCCUUCCUGUGGCGGGGCUUCCCAUUGGCCGUGUUGUUGCUGCUGAAGAUCCUGGGGUUGGCUACACAACCUACGCCUUUUGUCCGACCUUGCCAGAGGUUCCCUCAGUCUGGCCACCCUAG